CUGAGCUCCAGCUGUCCAGGCGCACACAGCUGGAGGGUCACGUGGCAGCGGCCCCGGUCUCUCUUCCUGCCAACGCUGCAUUUGGCCCCAGCCGGUCCAUGGCUGCGCUAAGCCCCGGAGGUCCUGGCGUCUGGGGCCACGCCGCUCCCAAGGGCUGAUCGUGAGUGUCGGGAUCCUUAGGAUCAAGGUGGGGGAGCAGGCGCCGGACACGCAAACAUGAGGCGGAGAUUGCGCCUACGAGGGGACGCGUGGAUCACGCUGCUCCUGGGCUCCGCCCUCGGCCUCUUGCUCUAUGCACAGCGUGAUGGCAUAGCCCCUACAACUAGUGCACCGCGAGCUCACGGCCGGGCAGCGCCAGGGCCCAGUCCCCGGCUCCGUGUAUUCCAGGAACCUGAUGCGAGCCCAGCCCUGCAGACCUAUGAAGAGGAUACGCCGGAGCCGCCCAAGCCCACGCCCACGGGACCCUUUGACUUUGGGCGAUACCUACGUGCUAAGGACCAGCGACACUUCCCGCUGCUCAUUAACCAGCCGCACAAGUGCCGACGUGAUGGCACAUUUGUCGCGGGACCCGACCUGCUCAUUGCUGUCAAGUCAGUGGCAGCAGACUUUGAGCGACGCCAAGCUGUGCGCCAGACAUGGGGGGCAGAGGGGCGUGUGCAGGGGGCGCUAGUGCGCCGCGUGUUCUUGCUGGGCUUGCCCAGGGGCGCAGGCUCAGACCAGGCGGAAGCGGAGGGGGCAGGCAUGCAAACUCACUGGCACGCCCUACUGCGUGCUGAGAGUCGCGCCUACGCGGACAUUCUGCUCUGGGCCUUCGAAGACACUUUUUUCAACCUAACGCUCAAAGAGAUUCACUUUCUGGCCUGGGCCUCAGCCUACUGCCCAGACGUACGCUUUGUUUUUAAGGGUGACGCCGAUGUCUUCGUGCACGUGGAAAACCUGCUGGAGUUUCUGGCAGCACGAGAUCCGGCGCAGGACCUGCUUGCGGGUGACGUGAUUGUACAGGCUCGGCCCAUCCGGUUAAGAGCCAGCAAGUACUACAUUCCAGAGGCUGUGUAUGGCCUGCCGGCCUACCCAGCCUACGCCGGUGGCGGUGGCUUCGUGUUUUCUGGGGCCACGCUGCGCCGCUUGGCCGGCGCCUGUGCACAGGUUGAGCUCUUCCCCAUAGACGACGUCUUUCUGGGCAUGUGUCUACAGCGCCUGCGGCUCACGCCUGAGCCUCACCCUGCUUUCCGCACCUUUGGCAUACCCCAGCCUUCCGCCGCGCCACACCUGCGCACCUUCGACCCCUGCUUUUACCGUGAGCUGGUUGUAGUGCAUGGACUAUCGGCCACUGACAUCUGGUUAAUGUGGCACUUAUUGCACGGCCCACCUGGGCCAGCCUGUGCACACCCUUGGCCUGCUGCCGCUGGCUCCUUCCAGUGGAAUCGCUAGUAAUCUGUCAAAGCCCCAAGCUCCCUUCAUUCAGAUCCAAGAUGUAGUGUGAGUUUGAGAGGGUUUCCCAGGCAGAUUAUUGUAUUGUUUGUGGCUCUUCCCCCAAAAGGGGCAGACGAGCUCAGGAACCAGCUCCAGAAAAAGAGAUGUGCUUCCUCAGGGUCCCAGAGAAUGAAGACUGAGCUUGGCUCCUGUGUCCCUACUGGGAGCUGAUCUAAUGAGUUCAUGGGACUGGCAGACAUACUGUUAAAACUCAGUCUGAAAGUAAGCAUUUUGCUUCGCACCUAUCCUUACAAAUUAGAUUUUCAGACUUGUCAAGAUCUUUAGAUCUCCUUUUGAGGCCCUUCCUGGGCCCUGGUUUGGCUGCAACACCAGGGACCCAGGCAUACAGGGAUGACCAAAUGCAUGGUCCUACCUUUCUCCACCUCCAACUACCCUUGCACAAGAACCUAUGCCCACACAACCAUGACAAUCUCCUAUUGGAGGCUCUACUGCCCCUUCAGAGGAGCCAAGGAACCUGUUCUCCUAAGAUGACUCCACUAUACACAUUCCUGUAUUCUUUAAAACAAUCAAUGUCCCCACGCUUAUUUUAGUACAAACAUCCCAGCAACAGCACAUGUGAGCUGCUGCUGAGGGCAUAGGUCUUUAUUGGAGGAGAGGUGUGGGCAGGACGUGAGGAAGAUUCCCCCAUUUCAGGAGGACGAGAUCAGUCCUGGCUGCCCCAAUAGUGGGAUAGCAGGGGUAGGGUUGGGGGUGUCUCUGGCCAGGCCACAGUCCAAAUGGGAAGACACCAGUCAGUCACAAAUUAAUGAAAGCGCCACACAAGCCUGGCUGUAGGCCCAGGAAUCACAUAGGAGCCUGGGGCAGGUCCCCUGCACAUUCAUCGUUAAACUAUACAGGAUGAGGCUGUACAUGAGUUAAUUACAAAAGAGUCAUAUUUACAAAAAUCUGUACACACAUUUGAAAAACUCACAAAAUUGUCAUCUAUGUAUCACAAGUUGCUAGACCAAAAUAUUAAAAAUGGGAUAAAAUUA